AUGUCUUCUUCAAAUGCCCAAAACUUGAAUCUAUUUCAAAACUUAACGCUUGGGAUUUUAUGGAAAUCUAUAUUUAUUAUAGGCCUAUCACUUCUCUUGUUCUACACAUUCCUCUUUACCCACAAAACUGAUUACCAAUCUUCAAAUACAUUUCUCCCCUUUCAAAUCAAAUGGCCAAACCCAUCAUGUAAUAACAGUAUUAUUACUGAUAUUUCUCUUACAAAUAUUAGCCACAUUGGAUUUGUGGUCGUAAGUUCUUUGCAGACAUGGAAACACAGACAUCCUUAUACACAGACAUGGUGGAGACCAAAUGUAACUAGAGGGUAUGUCUUUUUAGACAAAGAACCAACACAAGAAUUCUUGCCUUGGCCUUUAACUUAUCCUCCAUACAAGAUCAGUGAAGACAUAACAAAAUUAAGAGUCUACCCAAAACUUAGAAACCCAAUUGAAGUUCGAAUAGUACGUUCGAUUUUAGAUAUGUAUAGGGUAGGAGAUAAAGAUUUGAGAUGGUUCAUCAUGUGUGAUGAUGAUACUGUGUUUUUCACUGAAAACUUAUUAGAGGUUUUGAGGAAGUAUGAUCAUACUAAGUAUGUUUAUGUUGGAGGUAAUUCUGAAUGUGUGAAGUCUAAUGCUGAUUUCUCUUUUGAUAUGGGAUUUGGUGGAGCUGGUUAUGCUUUGAGUUAUCCAUUAGCGAAAGCUUUGGCAGCCAAAUUAGAUGCUUGCAUUGAGAGAUACCCUUACUUAUAUGUUAGUGAUCAUAUGGCACAAUCUUGUUUAGCUGACAUGGGAGUUGCUAUAAAUCUUGAAAAAGGGAUCCACCAGAUAGAUCUUCAUCAUGACAUAUCAGGCCUUUUAUCAGCUCACCCUCAAUCACCUCUUCUUUCUCUCCACCAUUUCGAUUCUAUAAAUCCAAUCUUUCCCUCCAUGGAUCGUUAUGAAAGCGCAAGACACUUGAUGAAAGCAGCAAACUUUGAUCAAUCUCGCCUGCUGCAACAAACUAUCUGCUACCAAAGAGAAAGCAACUGGUCCUUCUCAGUCUCAUGGGGCUAUUCUACUCACAUAUACGAAAAUAUAAUCCCGAGAAGCAUUCUGCGUAAACCUCUCGAGACAUUUAGGCCUUGGGCUAAAAAUGAUAAGCGACCAUUCUUCAUGUUUAACACUCGUCUUCUCAACAACGAUCCAUGUCAAGCUCCUCAUGUGUUUUUCUUUGAUUCUAUAGAGUAUACUGCUUCAGGUAAUCGGAUUUUGACUAGUUAUAUUAGAGCUUCGCCUCGUAACUUGCCGGCUUGUUCAUUCGCUGGAAAUCAUUCUGCUGAUUCCAUCUCCAGAAUUCAAGUUCUUUCUCCUGCGACAAUUCGCAAGACAGCCGGUGUAAUAGAAUGCUGUGAUGUAGAGUACAAGGUGGAGAUAAAUACUACAGAAAUCAAGAUAAGGCCUUGCGUGAAAGAUGAAGUUCUUGCCUAAUUACAGAGUAGAAAACAGAGAAAACAGAGGCAUCAGUUUCAUUUAAUUCCAAAUUUUUGAAACGAUGGGUUAUUUUGCUGUUAAUGACAAAGGAAACGACAGUUAGUUUCGAAUGGAACGACAUGUAAUGAAACGGAAGGCAAAUCAUUCAAUACAAAAAAAAAAAAAAAAAAAA